UUGAAUACCAGCCAUCAGCAACGCACCAUUAUUGUCCAGUGUGUCCGUGCAUCGUUUGCGUUCGUGAAUCGCUGUUGUGCAAAGACUGACAGUUUCUCGCCAGUUUGUGAAAUAUAGUGCAGCGAUUACGGGUACGACAUACAUUACUCAUUCACGAAUGGUGGCGAUUGUAGUUUGCGCUAAGAGAGGACUAUAAACGGUAGUCUGGGAAAAGUUCGACUGUAAGAGAAGCAGUUGCCAUCAUCGGUCGUAAUCGUGUUUAGAGCUCCUCCACCAUUGAGCAGAGCAGAGACGACGCAAUACACAAUCCAACUACAACGCCAUCACCACCACUGCUGAUGGCAGUUUGCACCAGCAACCUAACGUCCGAUUCUGGGGGUGCUCCGGAAAACUUUCACAUAACCUACUCGCACGAUGGCGAUGCGGACGAGGAAGCUGUGGACGCUAUGCAUGACGGCGAUCUGCUUUCGACGUCCAGCUUCCAGAUCGGUGGCAUCGGUGGCGAAAGUACGCGACGAUGCCCUUUGUGCGGUGCCCACCGCCGUCACUUUCACUGCAAAUCGUGCAUACGUCACGGGGACUUCCUGCACACCGUGAACGACGUUUACUGUCAGCUGCCGGAACGGUUCGGUGAAAAACAGCAGCGCUUGAGAAACCUGCGGACGGCCAACGCUACGCUCGAAAGCAAAGGCACCACGAUGCUGGAAAAGGUGCACCAGGCGGGACGUUUGGCGGGUGAGAUUAAGCAGCGGUCGGACAAAGCGAACAUCAUACGGAAAACGAUCGAGCUGAAGCGCAUCGCCAUCGAGGAGUUGCGGCUGAAACAACGUCAUCUAGGUGACGCGAUUCGCAAGCUGCGCAUCACGUUGCCUCGGUACGACGAUAAGGUGAAGACGCUCAGCGAAUUUGUGGCCGGCAAGAUGGAGGAAAGUGAACACCGCAAGGCAAAGCUGACGGCCGUGCAGGAGCGUUUGCGUCAGCUGAAGCGCGAUCAGGUGCAGCAGCUCGUACGGAUCAUCUUCCCGAUCACGCAAACGAUCGUGAGCCGAAGUAGCUUGGCGGGAAGCAGCAGUACGGCGAGCACCGCGAGCGGAAGCUCGACAGGUGGUACGGGACUAAGCAAUACCCGUAGUACGAUAAAUGAAAUUUCCGAAGCUACCCGCACGGCGUACGUCCGGGGCCAGUGGGUACUGCAGGAUAGUUUCGGGGAGGUACAGCACGUAAUAAUUGCACCGGCCCUUCCCGGCACGGGUAAUUAUUCGGCCUACAACGAUUGGGCCACGGGUGAUGGUGGUGCGGUGAUUGGUGCCACCUCAACGGCCACUUCAGCUAUGGAAGUAUCUUCCUCACCUGGUGCGGGUGGUGCUAGGGUAGGAAGUCACAAUCCAGCACACACCAUCGCAGCGGCCUUAACGUACACCAGCCAGCUUGUGGCGCUGUUUGGCUACUAUCUGGACGUUCGGUUACCGUACCGGGUGUCGUACGCUGACUUCUGUACGACAACCCUCUCGGAGGCACAGUUUGCCCGGAAGGUGGCACGGUUGAAUGCAGACAUUGUGUUCCUGUGCCACACGCAAGGCUGUCGGCUAAACGACAUGAACCCGACGCACACGCUCGAGAAUGUACUCUGUCUGCUAAAAUCAUCCGUUCUUGGGCAUUGUGGACCAACCGAUCGAAACAGCUGUCUGUCCGAUUCGAUGGAACAGCUGCUAAUGCAGCACAUUGGCGAAGAUUCCGACUCGGAAGACGAAACAAACCUUCACCAGGAAUGGGAAGCGGUUCCAAGCAAUCUUUCACCGGUAACGGCCGAACAACCGUACCAGCCGAUGGCACAUGCACUGGAUCAAAGACGUCAAACGGUUGGCCACACCGGAUUGCACUACCAUCAUCUACAGCAACCAACCGGUGCCGCCGCAACCAGUCUCAUGACCAGUGCCAUCGCCUCGGUCAGCUCAUUCUGGAAAGGAUGGACGGGGAAGUAAGAAUCUUUAUGCGCAGCAUGACCAUUGCCGCUAGACAACUCAACGGAGAGAUUUGCUAUUAUGCUCAUUCCUUUUUUGCACAACACAGCCACCGGUUUUAUAAGGCAAAACUCUAGAAACGAAAACAUUUCGAUGUUUUUUUUUCUGUUUAAACAAAUACAUGUGAUAGCACAAACCAAACUUUUGUACAGGCCCUUCCACACCCGUUUGUCGCCAUUUUGUAUAGGAAAUAGCAUACACAUAACAGUAAACGCUUCCACAGAAAGAAGGGAAAAGUCGUAACACUAUAAUGAUGGUACAAAACAGGAAGAAAACAACCAAUUUAGAAUGGAAUACCGAGAAACAGUAGGAAAACGCUUGUAGAAGCUUUCUUUACAUUACACGGUUGUUUUUCGGUUGUGGAUUGUUGCAACGAUCAAGAAAAUGGAAAAGGGAUGAAACGAGUCUGUAUCGUAAACUCAUUUUAUAGAAGUUAUUUUAUAUGCGAAAUUAUUAAACAACGGUUCACUAAUUCGUAAGUUAGGUUCAGAAUGGAAA